AUCUACGCAUUCCUUCUCCACUCUACACUUCUCUUCGUAAUGGUGCAACUCAUAACUCCUCUCCCCCUUAAACCCCUUCUCUUUUCCCUAUUCACACAACACAAUUACUUCAGACAUGAUCUUUCAAUCCACAUCCACAUGCCCACAACAUAAGACCCUCACCAGAUUUUUGUCAUGCUUAUGUCUGCACACCAGAAGAAAAUGUCAUCACUGAGCAAGGAUGACCACAAGAUGGCUGUUGAUGCAGCUGCAUGGUUGUUCAAUGUUGUCACUUCUGUGGGAAUCAUCAUCGUCAAUAAAGCUUUAAUGGCUACAUAUGGUUUUACUUUCGCUACAACUUUAACUGGUCUACACUUUUCUGUUACUACCCUAAUGACUCUCGUCCUGAAGUCGCUCGGAUAUGUCCAGAGUUCUCAUCUUCCAGUGGCCGAUAUCCUCAAGUUCGUUUUCUUUGCAAAUCUCUCUGUUGUUGGAAUGAAUGUGAGCUUAAUGUGGAACUCGGUGGGGUUCUAUCAGAUUGCAAAGCUUAGCAUGAUUCCCGUUGCAUGUCUUCUUGAAGUCGUUUUCGACCAGAUAAAGUAUUCGAGGGACACCAAGCUAAGCAUUUUAGUUGUUCUACUGGGUGUUGCUAUCUGUACCGUUACUGAUGUUAGUGUGAGUGCCAAGGGAUUUAUAGCUGCCCUCGUGGCCGUUUGGAGCACUACUCUCCAGCAGUAUUAUGUUCACUCUCUUCAAAGAAAGCACUCAAUUGGUUCUUUCAACUUGUUAGCACAUACUGCACCACCUCAAGCUGCAUCCCUGCUGAUAUUAGGGCCCCUCAUGGAUUACUGGUUGACGGACAAGAGGGUUGACUCCUAUGGUUACACGUUCACAUCGACAAUGUUCAUAAUCUUGUCCUGUGCCAUUGCUGUGGGAACCAAUCUCAGUCAAUUCAUCUGCAUCGGUAGGUUCACAGCCGUGUCGUUUCUAGUGCUCGGCCACAUGAAGACCAUUCUCGUCUUGAUUUUAGGAUUUGUUUUCUUCGGAAAAGAUGUACUCAAUCCACACGUUGUCGUGGGGAUGUUUGUUGCAGUGAUGGGAAUGAUUUGGUACGGCCACGCCUCUUCUCAGCCCGGGGGAAAAGAACGUAGUCAGCCCCUGUUCAACAAUAAACCGGAAAUAGAAAAAUCCGACGAGCUCAAUGAGAAGGUCUAACGACAAUCAAGAAAAUGUUGUGAAACGCUAUAACUUGUAGGUCAGCUGGUUUUUCAGUAUUUUCUGUAAACCACAAUCUAAUCACAUGACAAAUGUAACGAGCUAGUUAUGUGGUUGGUUUCGAUUUGAUGAAACUCAAUUGAGGCUAGAAUUUCCUAAAUUGAAAAAAAAAAGAAAUCUUACCUAAACCAGGAAGAAUAUCAGAAUCUUGAUGAACUCUUGAUGUUAAGAGAUGGGCUGCAAUAAAAUGUGCUACAUGGUUUUUGUGUAAGAAA